AUGGACAACAUGUCAAUCAAAUGGGUUUUGUGUUGGCAGCCAAAUGCAGGUACAACAAUCAAUAGUCAAAUACUGAUAGAAGUAUCUAAUUGUGUUGAGAGCAUUAAUGGUGUUAAAGAAGGAGGAUGGAAAAAUACCUUUUGCUUCUAUAAGCCCAUGCUCAAAGAACAAGAAAAUGAAUCACAAUUUCCCCAACAAUUUUUGGGGGCUUCACUUCAAGAACAGCCCGACAAGUUUUACAUGGCACUUAGUAGGAAACGACUGAUUGCGGAAGAAGAAUCAUCAAUACAAACGAUAAUGGAGAACUUACAAUCUUACAGAAUAAAAUUUGCACUUAAUUGUGAGGGGUUUCUGUAUCGACUUGGUGAUUUCCGAGUGCGAGUAGGCAAAGUUGUUCCAAUAAAUUCUGAGAACUUGAGGGGAAUAGUUAUGGAGUUUGACUCUGUCUCGAGGGACUGUCAUUUUUCUGGGUAUGAUGAUGGGGUCAACCCGAUUUCUUCCCGUGCAUUUCUACAAUCUACAUUUACUAUGACACAUGACGAGGUAGAUAGUAACCCAACGAUUAGUAAAAGUAUAACAAUAUCUUUUCAGGGCAAAGAGAUUGUUGAAGCUCUAAGUCUUGGUAACUUUUCUCUGGAGGAUGAGGUUUCCAUUCCAACAAGUGCGAUGCAUUAUGUUGACGUAUAUCUUGAAGCUGACAAUGGAAAAUGUAUUGAGGAAUUCGACUGUCAACAUAAGUUGAGUCCAUUUCCAUUUGCUUUUGCUGGUGAUUUUCUGACUGUAACCAUUCCAGUAAUUGUGAUCCUUCUACCUGGGAUCCAGGAAUACAUUUUGAGUUCAAAGCUCUAA